CGGCAAGGGCGAGCGGCCCGCCGGCGGCUUCCCCGCGCCGCCCAACAACUGGCUGAGCGUGUACGGGGGCUCGGCGUGGGACUGGAGCGAGAAGCGCCAACAGUUCUACCUGCACCAGUUCGGCGUCGGCCAGCCGGACCUCAACUUCCGCAACCCGCACGUCGACAAGGAGAUCAAGGAGGCGCUGGAGUUCUGGCUGGAGAAGGGCGUGGCGGGCUUCCACAUGGACAGCGUGUCCUACCUGGUGGAGGACGACGAGUGGGACGACGAGUCGCGCUCCGACGACGACGAGGCCGGCGACUCCGACUACGACUUCCUGGAGCACGACCACACGCGCGACCAGCUCGAGAACUUCCAGCUCGUGCACGGCUGGCGGCAGCUGCUCGACGAGCACUCGCGCGAGGACGGCGUCACCAGGUGGGCACGCACGACCAGCCGCGGCGGCGUCAGCGCCUCGGCCACGGGCGAGAUGGUGGACAGACGCUCAACAGGCUGCUGGCGCUGGUGCUGCCGGGCACGGCUUCACGUACUCACGGGCCGACGAGCUGGCCAUGGAGGACGCGAGCUGUCGUUCGAGAAACGGUGGACCUGCGGACCGCAGAGCUGCGCGCUGGGCCCGCACCCGGUAUACGAGACGGAGUCGCGGCGACCCCGAGCGCCACAGGCCCUUACCACUGGGAAACUCCCACCAGCGCAGGUAACUCUGGCAAAUGACACUCCAGCGCACUCCCUUCCAACUGGGACAACUCACCAGCGCAGUACUCUUGGCAAAAUGACCAACCCCAGCGCACGCCCUUUCCACUGGACAACUCCAGCCACGCGGUUGGGAAAAUUACCAUGUUUUCCACUGUAA